AUGCUUGAUACUAAUAAGAACAAGAAAGAUAAUCCCUCAAUAGAUCAAUAUGGCUGGGAUUCUCAUAUUAUUUUGCUACUUUUACAAAUAGUUUUACAUAGACAACAAUAUUUAUGCCAUAAAGAUUCUAAUUUAAGUGAAGUUGAAUGUGCCAAAAACCCAGUAAUAGAUGAUUUUAUUUUUAACACCUUCAUAAAUCAUAAGCUAGUCAAAUAUUAUAAUAUUAUGUCUAAAAAUACCCGGAAUUCGGUUGUUCCAACGGAUUUGACAUUGGAGGAAUUGAAACAAAUUGUGCGAUCAAUAUAUUCCAGAGGAUUACCGCAAAACGAAAAUAAUGAUCCAAAUACCUUGGUUGCUUUAUGUAACUAUUACUAUUUUAAGAGGAUAGACGAAUUAGAAAACAAUAUACUUCCGAAAAUUAAAAAACAAUUGCAACAGCAGCAAAACAAGGUUUUGAAUUAG